AUGGAUGCAGAAGUUGUUAAAGAGAAUGUAUGGCAAGCUGGCAGUGUGAAAACAAGAUGGGUUGUGCUGGCAGCACUAUGUUCCUGUGUCGCAGUAUUGGUAGCUGCAGUGUGUGAUCAAUCCCUACCUACACCACUCGACCGGUCUGCACCAAAAGACCGCUUCAUAGCAGAGAUUGCAUAUGAGCAUCUGGUCAAUCUCACAUCCAUUGGACCAAGGGUAGCAGGCAGUUAUGAGAAUGAGGUGGCAGCUGUUAAAGUGCUGGUCAAUGCUGCUCGUGGGAUUCAGGCUGCUGCAUCAGCACAUAAUCGAGUCGAGUUUGAUGUAUUCAGGGCUAGUGGUGCCUUUUCACUUACAUUCAUUGAUGGUAUGAGCAACAUAUACCGGGACGUCCAAAGCGUGGUGAUCCGCGUACGAGGGGCCGGGGGCGAAAGCCGAUCCACCCGUCGGAGCGCCCUGUUGCUCAAUUGUCACUAUGACACAGUACCUGAUAGUCCAGGUGCCAGCGACGACGGCGCUGGAUGCGCUGUAGUACUCGAAACACUUAGAGCCCUAGCCGCCUCACCACAUCCGCUUCGCCAUGACGUAGUCGGUCUACUCAACGGGGCUGAAGAAAAUAUAAUGCAGGCAUCCCACGCCUUUGUAACUACGCACCGGUGGGCGAAAUCUUUGCGGGCCUUUAUCAAUAUUGAAGCCUGUGGCGCGGGUGGUCGUGAAAUUCUGUUCCAGGCGGGUCCGAAUGACCCCUGGAUGCUCGAGGUAUACGCGGGCGCAGUACCGCACCCGUUUGCAUCGUCUCUAGCCCAGGAGAUGUUCGAGAGCGGACUCAUCCCCGCUGAUACUGAUUUUCGAAUCUUUCGAGACUUCGCUAACAUUUCCGGUGUGGAUCUGGCAUGGAAUAGCAAUGGAUAUGUGUACCAUACGAGCCUUGAUACGGCGGAUAAAGUGCCACUCGCCACCUUACAGCGCACCGGCGACAACGUGCUUGCGCUCACGCAUGGUCUGCUCAGUAACGAGCGAUUGGAGGCCGCUGCCGAACGUACACGUGCACCAGUGUACUUUGACGUAGUGGGGCGCGUGGUAAUACUUGCGCGGGCGCCUGCCGCCUUCGUAGCCACAAUCUUAGCUUUGGCUACAGUUGUGCUUAAGCUAUACUUAAGCGCCACUCAGGCUAAGCAGCUGUAUAUACCGAGAAUGCGAUGGAUGCGGGUGGUCGGACGUGCGUUGUUGUCGGUGACGCUUGCGCAGUGUUGCGGCCUCGCUGCGUCUAUUGCAGUUGCUCUGGUGUUACAUGUCGGUGGAGCCCGAUUGGCGUUUUAUUCCCGGCCUUGGCUUUUGAUACCGCUCUACUCUGUUCCAGCCGUGGUAGCGUCGUGGUGGGAUGCCCGUCUGACGUGGGGCAAAGCGCAAAGGGGCGGGGGCGUGGCCACAAUAGCGCGUGGGGAAUGGACGCUACGGGCGUGGCAUGACGCGCUAUGCCUCGCAGCCGCUAUCUUACUCGCAGCUGGAGCUUCUUUAGGACUGCGCAGCGCCUUCGUAGUAUUUCUGUGGACGUUGCCAGCGGGCGCGGACGUCAUUUGCGUACUCCUUGGCGUACAAGGAGCUCCGCGAGUGGUGUGUGGGGCGUUCGCCGCUGCAUUACCCGCGCUACAGACCGCAUACCUGGCCGUGGCGUCACUCAAUAUGUUUGUCCCGGUCAUGGGACGCGCUGGGACUUCGCCUCUACCACCAGAUGUGAUAAUGGCAGUACUGGUUGGUGCGCUCACGCUGACGUUGUUCAGUUGGAUGCUGCCGCUCGUAGUUGCUGCUAAACAGCCGCAAAAACUGAUACGACUCGGCUGGGCGGUCACCUUAUGCACGGUCGUACUUGUACUUUGUACUCCACUUGGAUUUCCAUACAGCGAGGCACGACCGCAACGCUUCAUGGUGUUCCACACACGACGAACGGAACACUCACACACGCCCACAGACACAUUAUUGUAUUGGCUUCCCGCGUUGGACGCGAACACGCCACAAUCGGUAUACGCGCACGUGCCCGAAGUGGCGUACGCGCCCGCCGCCUGUUCCGACAAACUCUACUGCGGGGCCCCGUACUACCUCCCCGUCAUAUCCCUGGUGGCUCGCGGCCAUGAACUUCCCGCUCUGGAGGAACCGAAAACGUCACUCAACGCCAGUGCCGAAGUUAUAGGCGAGGGACCGUCCCGCGAUUUAAAACUUAAACUGCACGGCCCCAACCAUAUAGUCGUAAUUUUAUCGCCUGUCACCGGAUUUAUCUCGUGGUGUCAGACUGGAGAGUUUAGAAUAAUCCCCCAGCCAGGUCCCGAAUGGAAUAACAGGCAGACCUACUUCCUCUCCCUCCACGACGCUCUGAGUCCAGCCCCGUGGGAACUGUUAUGUCGCAUCGAGUCUCACGUUAACGGCUCGAAAUGGGUAGAUAUAUCUGUGGCGGGGCAUAGUAUGUCCGGUGAGUCGAAACAUAGCGAAGCGCAUGCGCAGUUGUUGUCGCGCUUUCCGAAUUGGUCCGCUGUUACGGGUUGGGGAGUACAUUUACAUCUCUUUUCCCUAUAG